AUGGUGCCUCCUGGAUUGCAGGCUGAAGAAAACCUCAGAGUGAAGAAGAGCACAGGGCCACAGGCAUUAAACUUUGAGGCCCUGCUUUUCCGCGCGCACGCCCUGCCGCCGCCCCGCAAAAACGCUUCCGUUACCCACACAGUCUUUCGCCAGAUGAGACCGGUGUCCAGGGUCCUGACUCCUUAUCUCACUCGGGCUUACGCCAAAGAUGUACAAUUUGGAGCAGGCCGAUCCUUAAGGCUGCAAGGUGUAGACCUUUUAGCCGAUGCCGUAGCUGUUACAAUGGGGCCAAAGGGAAGAACAGCGGUUAUUGAGCAAAGCUGGGGAAGCCCCAAAGUAACAAAAGACGGUGUGACUGUUGCAAAGUCAAUUGACUUAAAGGAUAAAUAUAAAAAUAUUGGAACCAAACUUGUUCAAGAUGCUGCCAAUAACACAAAUGAAGAGGCUGGGGAUGGCACUACCACGGCUACUGUACUGGCACGCUCUAUUGCCAAGGAAGGCUUCGAGAAGAUUAGCAAAGGUGCUAAUCCAGUGGAAAUCAGGAGAGGUGUGAUGUUAGCUGUUGAUGCUGUAAUCGCCGAACUUAAAAAGCGGUCUAAACCUGUGACCACCCCUGAAGAAAUUGCACAGGUUGCUACAAUUGCUGCAAAUGGAGACAAAGACAUUGGGAAUAUCAUCUCUGAUGCAAUGAAAAAGGUUGGAAGAAAGGGUGUCAUCACAGUAAAGAAUGGAAAAACACUGAAUGAUGAAUUAGAAAUUAUUGAAGUCAUGAAGUUUGAUCGAGGCUAUAUUUCUCCAUACUUUAUUAAUACAUCAAAAGGUCAGAAAUGUGAAUUCCAGGCUGCCUAUGUUCUGUUGACUGAAAAGAAAAUUUCUAGUGUCCAGUCCAUUGUACCUGCUCUUGAAAUUGCCAGUGCUCACCGUAAGCCUUUGGUCGUAAUCGCUGAAGACGUUGUUGGAGAAGCUCUAAGUACACUUCUCUCGAAUAGGCUAAAGGUUGGACUUCAGGUUGUGGGAGUCAAACCUCCAGGGUUUGGUGACAAUAGAAAGAACCAACUUAAAGACAUGGCUAUUGCUACUGCUGAUGCAGUGUUUGGAGAAGAGGGAUUGACCCUAAAUCUUUAAGACGUUCAGCCUCAUGACUUAGGAAAAGUUGGAGAGGUCAUUGUGACAAAAGAUGAUACCAUGCUCUUAAAAGGAAAAGGUGAUAAGGCUCAAAUUGAAAAAUGUAUUCAAGAAAUCAUUGAGCAGCUAGAUGUCACAACUAGUGAAUAUGAAAAAGAAAAGCUGAAUGAACGGCUGGCAAAACUUUCAGAUGCAGUAGCUGUGCUGAAGGUUGGUGGGACAAGUGAUGUUGAAGUGAAUGAAAAGAAAGACAGAGUUACAGAUGCCCUUAAUGCUGCAAGAGCUGCUGUUGAAGAAGGCAUUGUUUUGGGAGGGGGUUGUGCCCUGCUUCGGUGCAUUCCAGCCUUAGACUCAUUGACUCCAGCUAAUGAAGAUCAAAAAAUUGGUAUAGAAAUUAUUAAAAGAACACUCAAAAUUCCAGCAAUGACCAUUGCUAAGAAUGCAGGUGUUGAAGGAUCUUUGAUAGUUGAGAAAAUUAUGCAAAGUUCCUCAGAAGUUGGUUAUGAUGCUAUGGCUGGAGAUUUUGUAAAUAUAUUGGAGAAAGGAAUUAUUGACCCAACAAAGAUUGUGAGAACUGCUUUAUUGGAUUCUGCUGGUGUGGCCUCUCUGUUAACUACAGCAGAAGUUGUUGUCACAGAAAUUCCUAAAGAAGAGAAGGACCCUGGAAUGGGUGCAAUGAGUGGAAUGGGAGGUGGUAUGGGAGGUGGCAUGUUCUAA